AUGCUGCGUUCUCCAAGGCCUCAACUAAUAAUACGGUCACUUCCUCGUCUAACCGUAAUCCGAUCAUAUGCCAGCCCACCACCAUUCUCACAACCGGGACCAAUCCCUCUCGGUGACAAGGAAGCGCAAAAGGAAUUUGAAGAGCUCGUGAAAAAGGCAGAAGAGUUGGCAGCGAAAGAAGGACAAGAAGGUCUAAAGCACCCAGACGCUUUGGAAAAGUUGCAGGGGGAAGACUGGGAAGGGGAAAAGAACCCUGCCACCGGGGAGGUUGGUGGCCCAAAAGGAAAGGAGCCUACUCGGUAUGGAGAUUGGGAGAGGAAGGGAAGAGUGUACGACUUUUAG